AUGGCGGCCACGUCGCGACGCCGUUCGUCGCAUGGACUCACCUCUUCGGGCUCGUCGACGCAGCUUGCGCGACGCGGCUCUUCCAGCAGGUUGGGUGGUGCUCGUGGUCGCUUCGAUCCGAGCCUAAUGAUGUCUUCCAACGCAGCACCUUCCCAUGGCAGCCGCGAUCGGUCUCCCCACGAUGAUCAGCCCGCACAGCCUGCCGCCGGCGACGAUCACGACAACGAUGCCGACGCGUUGCACGAAAAGACUACUGCGCGUCGUGGCAAGUCAACCGACCGUCUCCAACGCUCACGGGACAGCAGCUCCCAUCUCAGCAGCAAACGUUCCAAGUCUUACACACACCUCGGCAUGACCGCUGAUGACGGUAAGCGCCGCAAAGCAGCCAACAGAAAAGGCAAGAGCCAGCGCGCAGAACCCGAAGACGGAUGGACAAGUGCCAGUGCGGAAAAUGCCCCUAGCGAUCGCAGCGCCGAGGCCUCUCCCUCCAGCAGCCCGGGCGAUGAAGGUUUGGUGCUCGGCAUCAAGAAGCGUCCAGCCACUCUCAAACAGACUGCGACCAACACCACCUUGCCUGAUCCUAGAAAAGAGUCUUUCACACAACCACCCGAUACGCCCAGAGCGAGCGCCAGACAGCUCGAAUCAGAGGAUGGCCACAGCACGCCUGAAACAAGAUCGAUCCAGCCUGGUGCAGCCAACACUGCCGCCGAGACCGCCUCGCCCAAGCACGCCGCACCGCCUGCUCACUUGACCCGCGAAGACACUUCAAGGACCUUGGUCGAUGAUCGCGCAGGCGAUGCGGCUGCAGCUGGAUCUGCCUCGCAGCAGCCAUCAUCCUCGCGAGCUACACCAGAGGUCGCAUCCAUUGGUCAAAGCUUGUCGUCGCUCAACCUCGAGACCUCUCCCUCGUCCGGCAAGACUGCGUCCCAAAAGGCUCCUGCACUCACGCUCGAUCCCGUUGCGCACACUCGUCACCAUCGAGUAUCUUCGAGCGCGUCGAAUCGCACCCUCCGCUCUUCGAUGCCGCCUGUCUCUUCGCCAUCCUCGGUGCGAUCCAAGUCGUCUGUCUUGUCCAAUCGCUUUCCGCUCUUCUCGAGAGAGACACAGUCCGCAGCACCACCCAUGCUCGACACACACAACGCGUUGGCUGGCCGUCUGGGUGCGCGGCACGAGGACCGAGGUGAUAUGCUAGCACCGAUGGCGGGUCCAAGUCGAACCGGCCGAAGCGUCAGCGCCAUGACUUCGAGCACCAGCGCGCCCGUUGGACUCGACCAAUUGCCUCACGGAUCUCUCGACAGCCGUUCCAAUACACUCCACAAAGCCGGCUCUAGCAGGACGCUCAACUCGAGCGCCGCCACCCCAUCCCCCUUGUCUUCAGCGCAGAGGUCUGCCACCGGAACGCUAGGGUACGCAUCGCAGCAGCAGCAGCAUCGAGCUGGUCAAGAUGCGGUCCUCGAUCGUCGAAGAACUGCAAGCACCCAAAGUCUCACGGCGGCCGACGCGGCGAAGCUAGCGGCCAAAUUGCGACUGGCUCGCGAUUCGAUGGACGAUCACGGACUCGGCGGCUACGGCACCGCACAGCGCGGCGCGCAGGGCUACAAUCCGCGGCUGGAGCAGUACAAGAAGCCCGUGGUCUCGACGUUUGUCAAGAACGACCCGACAGAGGCGCCACAGGCGAUCGAGGUGCAGGCCAACUCUGUUUACUCUAAGAUGUUCUCGCAGGCACACGACAGCCAGGAAGGUGGGGACGCGGGACGCCGCAUGAUCCGCUACGUGAUGGAGUAUGGUCUCAGUGGUCCACCGAUCGAGAAGAGUCCCUUGUCGGAUGUACUGCUGGGGCCGAAUCUGGACUUGGCUGAUUUUGAGUCGAGCUGGGCGCCCGCAUUGGCGUUUGCUGCUGGAUUGGGAGCAGCUAUGCCGCCUGCCGUGCAGACCGGGUACGGGCUGGUGACGCCCGAGGCGCCUGCUGCUGCGGGUGGGCCGAACUCGACACCGCUGCAUCUGAUCCAUGGACUCACCACCACCUCGCCCGAUCCGUUCCCGUUGGAUCCGACGGAUGUGCCUGCCUUGAAACAGGAAGCGGACGUGUUCGACAGUCACCCCGUGUCGCAGCUCGGCAGCAACUCGGUGCAGCUGGUCGAUCCGAGCUUGAUUCGAGCCAUCGCGAUCACCACCAAUGCGAUCGCGGUUCAUCGAUCUCAUGUUGUCACACGCCGGUACGCCGACCCCAUGCGCGAAGGUUUGGAGCGGGUGGUGCGUUCGUCCGGACGCUACGUUCCUUCGGCGAAGCCUGCGGUUGCGGCUGUCAGCAGCUCACCUGCGGGCUCGAGGUGGGGCCGUAAAACCGCACCCAACAGUCCCGUGUCGAGGAUGGAGAAUCGUCCAGGGAUGCAGAGGAGAAACACGUCGGAGGCGCAGCAUGCAGCAGCAGCGGGCAGUUCGAGCAACUUGGCCGGUCAGCUGUACAAUCUCGUCGAUGCGGCCGAGCAUCCGGUGAGGAGUUUGAAGAGAGUUUGGAGCGGAGGGGUCGCGAGGGGUGGGCUGGCUGCGCUGACGAGGACCGAGGAGGAGUAG